AAGGGGGAGUAACCCAAACAAAAACGUGUCGACGCCGAAAACCAACAAUGCGACCUUCACAUUGACAUUGACAUUGGCAUUAUACUUAGUUUGACCAACAAGUAUGUCUAGAAACUGGACAAGACUCUUUCGACAGGUCUCCCUUAUUUCGGAUGGAUCUGGGCAGAAAAUUGUUAAAGAUGGAAAGAGGUUAACAUGCAUUAAAUGUCUCCAAGUUGUUUCCAAGGCUGGCUGGAGACCCACCAGUAUAGAACAGUCGCGUACAUUCUUCUCCCUGCCUGAUCUACCUUUCACUGGGGAUGGCAACAAACACAAGCAAUAUUCUGAACGUAGAGUCCUUGGCUACUCUGCAGAACAGAUGUUUGACAUAGUGGCCGAGGUUGAGAAGUACAAUCAGUUUGUUCCCUGGUGUACCCAGUCAAUGGUGACGGCUCGGAGGCCAGGGGUGAUAGACUGCAAGCUCCAAAUUGGUUUCCCGCCUGUUCAUGAGCGAUACACAUCACAGGUGACCCUUGUGAAGCCAACACUUGUUAAGUCUUUGUGUAUUGAUGGACGCCUCUUUGAACAUUUGCUGACAAUAUGGAAGUUCAGCCCAGGUCUACCAGAUAACCCGAAUACCUGCACACUAGAUUUCUCAGUGUCGUUCCAGUUUCGAUCCAAGCUUCACUCCCAGCUAUCGCACAUGUUUUUUGAUGAGGUAGUGAGGCAGAUGGUGAAUGCAUUCUUGAAACGAGCCAAGAGCCUUCAUGGACCAGCGUCCAUCAAAGCACAAAAGCCACAGAUCCUAGCAUACAACUCUUGAUGACACUGAUAUUUAGACACAUAAUUGUUGAUUCUUGCAUUUCAAUGUGAUUCUCGCCAUACUAGUGCUGUUAUGUUUUUAUUCAGUUGUAUUUAAAAAAUAUUUGAAACUUUGCAUUUGAAUCUAGAAACAUUGUGUUUUUUUAACUAAUAGGAUUGUUUUUACAACUAGAAGCUUUGUUUUUAAAACAAGACGCAGUGUCUUGGAAACAAGACAAAUUGUCUUGUAAAGAGAAGACAAUUUUCUUUGUUUGUAUUUGUUAAGUUUUUUAAAAACUUGUUAUGAAUAAUUCUUCAUUGUUAUUUCUUGCAGAAAUUGAUUUUUUUAGAUAUCACUAUAUGUUGUAUUUGUAUGCACCAAAUUGUGGGAGGCAUUAACCCUUUUCCACUUAGAAGCAAAGUGAAAACUCUUCCAAUCCAUUUGAAUUAAUUAAUACAAGAGUGAUGAUUUUAUUGCAAAACGGGUAUAGUGCAAAGCGGGUUGUUAUACAAUUUUCAAAUUGCAAUUAGACACUCCAACCCGUUUUGCAAUAAAAUUAUUUCUAAUAAAUGUGCGAUUAUUUUAUUGCAAAACGGGUUUAUUACAGAACGGUUUGUUGUGUCAGCAUGCACAUAUAUGUUAUGAAUAUGCUUAACACAUGUACAAAAAAAAUAUAAAGAGCAAGAAGAAAAUUUCCAACAUUUUUUUUAUAGUUAAUAUGGGACUUUGGACAGAUUUGUUGUCUAUUCCUGGUCAUGUCAUGAAUUAUCAUGUCCCUAAUUUGUGUGACAUUCUUUAUUCAUGGUUUCAAAUUGAUUUCAGUUCAGUCACCUUGGGAGCCAUAGAAUAGUCAGUAAUUGAUACAAAACAUGUAUGGCUUUAUGAAAUCAGGAAUUCAUAUACAAUAUUUUGAACAGUUCAAAAUGUAUGAAAUGAAUUUCAGACUGCACAUGAUUUGCGAGAACCACAUAUAAUCCUAUACCUCACAAACAAAAACGUUAUAUCUGUGUGUCCUUAAAACUAUCUCUUUAGGCCAUAUGGAAGCUAUAUUGCUGUUAGCAAUCAAGUCUCGGCUAUUUAUCUUCAAAAAAAUGCUUAGAGAAAACUUAAGGAAAUAUAUUAAAUUUUAGUUCUUUUUUUGCAUGCUCUGAGCUUUUAUGCAAACAUACAUAAAGCUCAGCCUGGGAGGGUCAAUAGCUGGGAGUUGGAUUAUUUCAACUAUCUGAAAUCUAUAAAACUCCCUUAGUCAGGUCGGACCUCAAAGACCUCGUGAAGAGGCCGGUAGGACCUGUAAAUAAACUCUGAUUUAAAAUAAAUACAACUCCCUUAGUAGCUGGCUAUUUUAAGUCUUUUAAAUGAACAUGUUUUAUAGGAUAUAUUUUGCUAUUUAUGAUCAAUAUUUUAUAAUUGUUCAAGCAGAAUACAGUGCAUGGCUUUUACAAAAAUUAAUCUGAAAGUACAAUAGAAGUUCAAACUUGCCUUAGAAGCUUUAGUUUACUUCUGUUGACAGGUUAAUGAUCCAAUAGUUUACUUCUGUUGACAGGUUAAUGAUCCAAUAGUUUACUUCUGUUGACAGGUUAAUGAUCCAAUAGUUUACUUCUGUUGACAGGUUAUGAUUCAAUAGUUUACUUCUGUUGACAGGUUAAUGAUCCAAUGCCUUCUUAUCAGUGUAGGCCUUAGUUUGCAAAGAUAUGGAUGUUUAAUUUUUACACAAAUAUUUCGAAGCAGCUUGGUAAAUUGUAGACAUUAAUAACUACUUAGGCUGCAGCAGUUGCCUACAAGAUCUUGUUUGGAAUUUUAUUAUCCUUGAUUUUUAUGUAAACAAUGCACUUAGUCUGUUAUUUUAUUUAUUUUACCAUACUUAUUUUUGAACAUGACUACAUAAAUUAUAUCUUGUUUA